UGAUCGAAAUUUUUUGAUAAAAUCAAUCGAUCAAAGAGUUAACCCGCCAAAAUUUCAUAUUGUCACGGAGUUUAAUACUGCGCAUGCGUGAAACAGACUAUUCUUAUAACCUAUAGAUAAACGUGAAUGACUGAGAAAAAGCUCAAACAAUUAUCAUUCAUUUUAUGCCUCUUGUUAACAUCAAUGGCUAUAAACACGAAACAAACCAUGCCAACAAUUAAAUCUAAUUCGGUGGAGAUUGCAAAUCUUCAAGAUACUUUGACACCCUUUGGUGUACGUCUUUCUGGAAUUUAUAUGCGGAGUUUUGCUUAUGUUACACUUAAGGAUAGAUUACCCAUAAUAUUAACAAAAAUUAUAGACAACUUUAGUCGUAAUAAAGAACAAAUCGCAGAAAAAUUUGGACAGAAUGCUACGGAAGAAAUAAAACAAAUGGUGGGAUUUAUAAGUCAAUUGAAAAAUGAGAUUGUUACUAAUAAGGCAUUGAAAAUAUUACCAACGAUAGAAAAUGACGAUGACAAUGAUGCAUCUGUUUGGAACAAGUAUUUGGAAGAUAAAACUGAAAAAGAAGGCACCGUACCAACCUGGUUUAAUACAGAAUGGUUGUACUGCGAAUGCUACAUGUAUCGUAGUCUGGCACAAAAAUUUCUUCUUAUGAAUGCUUUACGUACGUAUGAUCCAUUUCAACAGCAGAAAAGAGAUGCUUUUAUUAAUUCCCUAAAUACAAUAAAAAUUCUCAAUAAGUAUUUGUUAGAUAUAAUUGACAAAGUAAAAUUAAUGGAGGAAGUUGAAAAGAAACAAAAAUUCUUUAAAUUAAUUCAAUUGAAUCUGUGGGGAAACAGAUGUGAUUUAUCUCUAAGUGCAGGAUCUGAUAGUAGUCAAAUUAGUAAUCCUAUAGAACAAUUAGAAACUCUUCACAAUGAUAUACUUGAUAAUGCCACUGAUUUUGCUUGGCAACUUCUUAGUAAACAAAAACUAAAUGAUUCUAAUAUUAUAGACAUGGUAUUAGAUAAUGCAGGAUAUGAACUUUUCACUGAUAUAUGUUUAGCAAUUUUCCUAGUUAAUUUUGGCUUAGCCGGAAAAGUUCGAUUUUAUGUAAAACGCUAUCCAUGGUAUGUCAGUGAUACUAACACUCAUGAUUUUCAUUGGGUAUUGGAUUAUAUGAAAAAAUCCUCAAAUCCAGAAUUAGAAAGAACAGCGCAGUUAUCUUAUGAUUACUUAAAAAACAAUAUUUGGACCAUUGAGGAAGAAUCUUAUUGGACAAGUCCUUACGAUUUUGCAGAAAUGAAAGAAAAGGAUAAAGUAUUAUAUGCGAAAUUAUCAGAUGCUAAAUUAGUAAUAUUUAAAGGUGAUUUAAAUUAUAGAAAAUUAUUAGGUGAUAUAAAUUGGGAAUAUACUACUUCAUUUAUGGAAGCAUUGAGAGGUUUUAGGCCAACAAAUAUUUUGAGUUUGAGAACAAUAAAGUCUGAUGUUUGUGUUGGAUUACCACUUGGAAAAGGUGAAAUGUUAUACGAAAAAGAUGAAAAUUGGAUGAUUACUGGUAAAUAUGGUCUUAUUCAAGCAACAGUUGAAAAUGUUUGUAACUGUUCCACUAUAUGUUAAUAAGCGAAAUUAAAUUAAAGAUAAUACUAUUGUUAUAUCUAUAAAGAGAAAAUUUUAUAUAAAUUUAUUAAGUCACAUAAAUGCAACAACUCCUAAUUCGUCUAGUUGCAUUUAAAUCUACAGAUUGAUAUAUCUAAAUGUUUUCGAGUAAAAUAUUAAUGUCAAUGUACAUGUACCAUUUGUUAUAUCUAUUAAAUUUUUUUCUUUUUUCAUUUCUUACUCUAUUUUAUUUAUAAUUAUAAUGGAGAAAUAUUAUUAUAUAAAUUUCCAUUUUAAAUAUAAUACAAAUAGAAAUGAAAGAAAUAAUGGAUAGACUGAUGCAAUGAGAAUUACAUUAUUGUAAUAAUAUCACCCAUUUAUACUAUAGAUUGUAUAAAUUUUCUACGUACAUAAUAUAUAUAUCAUGUAUAUACAUAAGAAAGAAUUAGUAGUUUCUACAAUUACAUUUUCAUACUAUGUGAAUCAGUCUUACGAAAAAGUAAUAUUUCAAUUUGUUAUAUAUCAUAAUAGAAAUGAUAGUGAGAAUAUAUAGAUCAUUUUUGGAUUAAAAAAAAAUGUUGUCUUUUUAAAUUAUAAUAUUACAAAAACAAAAUGAUUUUUAGAUGUAUAUGUAUUAUCAGCAAUAUUUAAUUUAUUACAUUCAAUACAUGUUUAUAAUGGUAGUAAUGAUGAUAAUAAUAAUAAUAAUAAUAAUAAUAAUAAUAAUAAUAAUAAUAAUAAUAAUAAUAAUAAUAAUAAUAAUAGUAAUAAUAAUAAUAAGAAGAAUAAGUAUCUAUUUCUUUUAAAUAGAUAAUAUCCUUCUGUUCUAUAAAUGUUUGUACACAGUGAUGUAUAGUAAUGCAUAUCAAGUAAUAAAAAAUAAAAUAAUUUUUUUAAGGA